CUUUGCUGUUCCUGUGUUCCGCCCCCAUCCCCAAUCAACGAAAAAAGUAACCACAUCCACCACUCGUUUUUAAUCUUUACCGCAGGUCUUUUGACCACCCUAAUACAAACCUUUCACCAUCUUCUUGAUAAUAUCCAAGCUGUUUUCGUACUUCAAGCCUUGAACUUGAGGUGGGAAAGGAGGAAUUCAGUUGUUGUGGUGGUGAUCUGGAGCUGUUAUCGUUUAAAACUUUUCUUCUGUCUCUGCCGACCUUGCAUCAUCAUGGCAGCUGUCAUGGGGUAUGGUCACGGAAUUCCACAUUUCGGCAUGCAAGCCUCCAAUCGGGCGGCGCUCGCUGCUGCUGCUCAUAGUGUUCAAGCUCACCGUGUCUACGUUGGCAACUUACCUUAUGCGGUCGGAUGGAGAGAGCUGAAAGACUUUAUGCGAGAGGCCGGUGAAGUUUCUUUUGCUGAAGUCCUCAUGGGUCCUGAUGGACGCAGCAAGGGCUGCGGCGUGGUUGAAUUUUCUACAGCUGACGGAGCACAAAAAGCCAUCGCGGACUUGAGUGAUCGGGCUCUUUUCGGUCGUCCCAUUUUUGUUCGAGAGGAUCGCGAGACUCAACCGCGAUACGGUCAUCAGCCUGUCCAUCGGCCUGGUCCUAACGGUAUACACAAUCAUUACGGGCAGCACCAUGGGCAACACCAUGGGCAGUACCAUGGGCAGUACCACGGGCAGUACCACGGGCAGGGUGCAGGUCGGCAACUCUUUAUCUCAGGUCUGGCUCUUACUGUCACUUGGCGUACUUUGAAGGACAUGUUUCGUCAAGCUGGGAACGUUAUACGCGCGGACGUUACCGCUGGGAAAGGAACUGGAACAGUGUUGAUGUCUAACGAAGCCGAAGCUCAUGCUGCUAUUGCUACAUUCAAUGGUAGUCAAAUCGAAGGCUCUCGAAUCAUGGUCCGUGAAGAUAGAUUUGCAAACCACGGGCAUCAGGGCGGCUAUUCCCAUCAGUACCAUUCCAACAACUACGGGCCGAAUGGCAAUGCCAAUGGCUUCCAUGCCGUCCGAAAGGCUCCAGCUGUGGACCAGACCACUCAACAGCCGUCAACCCAGAUCUUCGUCAACAAUUUACCCUACUCGACUGAUUCCGCGACUCUGUUAUCUUUGAGUCCGAGUGAUGCGGUGCAUGCAGAGGUGAUGAUGCUUGCUGGAAGGAGUAAAGGGAUGGGUGUUAUAGAGUAUGCUUCGUUGGAAGCUGCACUGGCGGCGCUGGGAACCUUGCAAGGUCACGUCAUCGGAGGAAGGCCUCUCAUGGCCAAGUACAAUGAACGUUGGCACGAGUUUUCGGAAAAUGCCGCCGUACCUGCAUUGUAGACGAACAAGACAAAAGAAGCGCACCAUGGAUAUGCUACGCUUCCAUUUCAGAAUCAAUGCAAUUGGAAUUGCUAACUUCUUUGACCUGAGGCUGCAAUGUCUAUCACAUCAAUGUGCUUAGGCUUCAAUUUAUCUAGACAUAAUACACUUUUCUCAUGGGUCCGAGCGUGUCCACCCCAGAUUUGAUUGCAAUGACCCACUAUACAAUCUAACUACUUGUUUCGUUUCAUUCUUUCAUCUUUUGAUGUUCUUUUUAUUCAAAUCUGCUUAAAUUGCUCCCAAAAAUUAUUUUGUGUACAUUCUGACUUCUACUCGACGUGCUAUUCAUGAUCAAACCAUGCAUUGCAGCUUCCCC